AUGGAUGCUGAAAUUGAGCAGUAUAAAGUUCAACUUGAGCUGGUAAAGCACUCACUUGGGAAAGAUCCAGACAAUUCUGAGCUAAUUACAUUGAAAGAUGAACUGGAAGAAUUAAUAAAACUUUCAGAUAGCCUUGCAAAGGCAAGCGAUAUCGUGCCGUCAGAUGAAACAACAGAAACGACUGAGGGCAGGAAUGAAAAAGAACCGUCCGAUCAGCAGCCUGGUAAGCUCUUGAACGCCAAACCCGGUGAUCUGUUGAUGGCGCGUUGGCUUUCGGGCGAUAAAGCUUACUACCCUGCGAAGGUUAUCGCUGUAUCUGGUGCAAGGGAAUGGAAAAAGUAUACGGUAAAAUUUAUCGAUUACCCGAACACAGAGACCGUUCCCAUUGAUUGUGUAAAGCUACUCCCAGAAUCGAAAAAGCGAAACAUUGAAAUAACACAACCACGGAACCUUGCUCUUCCUCCUCCUCCUCCUCCUCCGUCAAAACCUGUCAACAUGCCACCACCGCCGCCGCCUCCAUCAUCAGCUCAGCCAUCAGCUCCUUAUACGACUAGCAAUGUUGCCUCGUAUACUCAAAAGAUGCAAAAGCAUUUAAAACCCAAGGCCGCUUUAGAAGCUUCACAAAACUCAUGGAAACAGUUUGCUGCCAGAGGAGUAAAAGCUGGACGCGUCGGUAAACGGAAAAAGAUUGGUGAAACCAGUAUAUUUCGUAGCCCAGAGGGCCUCAAUGGUCGUGUGGGAUUUAUGGGAAGCGGCAGAGGUACGACAAAAUCAGCAGCACGGGAGAAACACAUUUACAAGGCCUCCGAUGACGACUAUGAAUAA